CCGGAUUUUGUGUUAAGCUGCUGACCAGUCUACCAGAGUAGCAGAGAGCACUCUGUGGCGGCGGGAGUCCGAUAUACCGGAUUUUAUUACAGCAACUUGAAAAGUCUGAUUUGAUCCAAUUGCAAAACAACAACAAAAAAUGGAAGAUAAGAGUCUGAAAGAGGAGAAGAAAUAUGCUGCUGAUAUCGACUCCAUAACCAAAGCACAUGCACGCAUCAAGCCAUAUGUUCACAAAACUCCUGUCCUAUCUUCUGAAACCCUUAAUUCCAUUGCUGGAAAAAGUUUAUUUUUCAAGUGUGAAUGCUUUCAGAAGGGUGGAGCAUUUAAAUUCAGAGGUGCAUCGAACACUGUGUUUUCUCUUGAAGACGAACAAGCUGCGAAAGGAGUUGCAACUCACAGCAGUGGUAAUCAUGCUGCAGCACUGGCUUUGGCUGCAAAAAUGAGGGGAAUUCCUGCGUAUAUUGUUAUACCAAAAAAUGCUCCGAAAUGCAAAGUUGAAAAUGUGAGACGUUAUGGAGGGCAGAUUAUAUGGUGUGAGCCUACCAUGCAAUCUAGAGAGGAAACUGCAAACAAAGUCUUAAAUGAGACAGGUGCUGUUCUUGUUCAUCCAUAUAACGACCCUCGUACCAUAAGUGGCCAGGGUACAUUGUCACUUGAGUUUCUUGAUCAGGUCCCACAACUCGACACCCUAAUAGUUCCAAUAAGCGGUGGUGGUUUGAUAUCUGGGAUCACAAUUGGAGCCAAGUCCAUGAAUCCAGGUAUACGGGUCAUAGCUGCUGAGCCUAAAGGAGCUGAUGAUGCUGCACAAUCAAAAGCAUCUGGUCAGAUCAUCACCUUGGCUCAGACCAACACCAUUGCUGAUGGGCUUCGAGCUUCACUUGGAUCUCUCACUUGGCCCAUUGUGCGGGAUCUUGUUGAUGACAUUAUAACUGUUGAAGAUAAAGAGAUUGUGGAUGCUAUGAAAUUAUGUUAUGAAAUACUUAAGGUUGCAAUUGAGCCCAGUGGUGCUAUAGGCCUUGCUGCUGUUCUCUCAGAUAGUUUCAAGCAAAAUCCUGCUUUCAAGGAUUCCCGUAAUAUUGGGAUUGUGCUUUCGGGAGAUGGGUUGAUAUUCUGGCAAAAAUAA